AUGACUCCACAGCAGCUUUCGCACUCCGGGGGCGGCUUUCGCUCGCGCCGCUCUUAUCCCUCACUAAAUCAUGCUUCUCUGGCUCCAUUGACAUCUCGAUUCCCUAUUGAUGACGAUGUCGAGCACCAGGAUUACUUUACCCCAAGAGCUGAAGAUGCUGAGUCCUACUACAGCGCCCAUGAUAUCCCCACAAAGACUUCACAUCACCAGCGGAGUAAAAGCUCGACCCGCGCACACUUGAGCGAUACCAACCUCCAAGGUCAAGAUGAUACUCAACCAUUUCACCACCAAGCGCCGAAGACAAAGCGACAUUCAUCUCGCCAUCAGCCGUCAGACUCAGCUGGUCGUCGUGAUGCAGAGUGGGUGCUCCGCGCUGGGAUCGCACUAGCUUCGUCGACCCGAGAAGAGAAGGGUCAAAGUUGGCUCGCGAAGCGAGAGAGCUCGACUAGUCUAGUUGAUGAAGCUAACUACGACGUGGAGUCCCCUGGUCACUUUAGCAAAGUGACUAGGAAAUCCAGGUCCGGGCGGUCAACCCCGGCGGCCUCUCGGUCGCGCGUUGUCAGUCGAAGGGGCAGUCGGCCUGACCUUACCAUGACCGGCCUCGAGAUGACUUCUACUAGGCAGGGUGACAGUGGAAGUCUAGAGAGUCCUGCGCUUGAUGUGCGGCAUUUCGUCCCGGAUUUUGUGGACGAGCGUAUCCGUGCGGAGAUGGCGAUCAUUCAACAAGAGGAAUAUACCUCUGAAUCUGACGAGUACUCUGACUCGGAAGAUGAUAUCGAUGAACAGGAGAUGCAGCGCUUGACCCGAGAGCGCGGUUUUGGGUUGGGCAGCUGGUUUGAUCGCAUGGUGGAAUGGACAGUAUUUGGUGUUGACGACUGGCCACUGUCUUAUUCCAACGGGCCUGUUGACCAGGCUCCCAAGAAUGUUGAGUGGGCAGAGCCUAGUGUCGCUGAUGAAGACGACCAGGUAUCCAUAUCAGGACGGACUGAUAGAACUGAUGGUGCGUCGACCAUUGGCGAUUCUGAGGCCCCCCCGGUGACAGAAAAACCAGGCGACCAUGGGGGCUGGGAAGAUGCAUGGUGGCUAUUUGGUGUGAUGAAGCGUGCGCUGUUAUGA